CCCUCCCUCUCUCUCUCUCUCUCUACUGUUCAUCUAUCACCAUUCACCGGAUACCUGGUUUUCACAACUCCAAAAGAAGCCAAGUAUUCUCUCGCUCUCUCUCGUGCCAUAAGGAACGACGCAGGACUGAAUUUCUACACUGAUCCACCUCCCAAGCAUUGGUGGGAGUCCCCCAUGCUCCUAGACAACAGCAUCAACCACCACCGCCGCCACCAAUGUCACGGAAUCUACCAGAAGAAGACCCCGCCCUGAGCGCAGCGCCGCAGCUUCGCAAUCACAGCAGCAGCUGCUGUUGCCGCUGCUGUUGUUGCUGCUGCUACUGCCUCUUCUUCAUCCUCUUCGUCAUCCUCGUCCUCGUUGUCUUGCUCGCUGCCGUGUUCGGCCUCUUCUACCUGUGGUACAGGCCAGUCCUCCCGGCCUUCCACCUCCAAGAACUCACCGUCAAGGACCUCGCCAUCGACCCCAAGCCGGACAAGUCCUCACUGUCCGCGAACGUGACCGUCCGAGUGCAGGCUACCAACAGGAACAAGAAGUUGCAUCUCUGCUACAGGGACUUCCGGUGCUGGGUCACGGCAGCCGGAGGGGUCAGGUUCGGGGAAGGGUCGGCGCCGGGUUUAACGCAGCAGGACGGCAACGUCACCGUUAUAGACCUCCAGGCGGCCGUGCAGGCGACUACUGUUGACAGAAACGUCGGAGAGAGCAUUGAGAAGGGGGUGGCCGCCAAGACAUUGGCCGUGGCGGUGGAGCUCCGGACGGCCGUGGGGACGAGGGUCGGGGACGUGAACACCAAGCAGCUGCCCAUCAGGUUGAUAUGCGGCCCGGCCACGAUCAAGCAAUUGGACGGUGGCGAUGCACCCAAGUGCAAGAUCCGGUUGUUCGGUUGGUGAUUCGGGUCGACACUACAUCUCAUGGACCCGGAUCCAGAACCUAACAAUAUCUCGCAGGUUAAUAUUGAGUUAGUUCACGAAGAAGCUACGCAUAUUUAGAAUUUAUAAAAGAUUUUCAUAAAUGUAAAGAAAUAGAUUG